AAAGAGCUAUGGGCAGUCAACUCAUAAGUCUUCUUAUGCUCUCUCUCCUCUUCUCCCUCACCACCAUUUCUAAUGCUUCAAGGCCCAUUCCUGAUUAUUAUUCCCACGACGCAAUCAAGACCGUUAAUCUCGGCGGUUGGCUGGUCACCGAGGGAUGGAUCACACCUCACCUGUUCGAUGAUAUUCCUAUAAACAAAGAUCUAUUGGAUGGAACACAAAUUCAACUCAAGUCUAUAACCCUAAAGAACUACCUCUCAGCCAACAAUGGAGGGGGUUCAACGGUCAGCGCAAAUCAACCAGCAGCAUCUACAUGGGAAACAUUCAAAUUAUGGAGAAUCACAGAGACCAGUUUUCAGUUCAGAGUUCUGAACUGGCAGUUCUUCAGCCUCGAUGAUAAUGGAAAACUGGUGGCCACUUCGACCGCAUCGGACGACUCGAACUCUUUACAUAAUUUCAUGAUCCUGAGGAAUGAUGGUGAGCCCAAUCGAGUCCGGAUCAAAGCUCCAAAUGGUUCAUUUUUAAAGGUGAAUUCAGAUGCAACGGUGACCGCUGAUCAUCCGGAGAGAACUAGCUGGGGAGACGAUGAUCCUUCAGUGUUCUUGCUCACCAACGUGCUUCAGUUGAAGGGGGAGUUUCAGGUCACCAAUGCCUACGGAUCAGAUAGCGCCGCCUCUGUGAUGAAGAAGCAUUGGGAGAGUUUCAUUGUGGAAGAAGACUUCAAGUUCGUGUCUGAGAAUGGAUUGAAUGGGGUGAGGAUUCCAGUUGGGUGGUGGAUAAGCUUUGAUCCAAAUCCACCUCGUCCAUUUGUUGGUGGAUCGUUGCACGCAUUGGAUAAUGCCUUCUCUUGGGCGGAGAAGUACAACUUAAAGGUGAUCAUAGAUAUCCAUGCUAUGCCGAGCUCGCAGAAUGGCUGGGAGCACAGUGGAACAAGGGAUGGAUUACAGUCAUGGGGUCAGAGUUAUGAUGACAUCCGUCAGUCAACUGCUGUCGUUGACUUCCUAACUUCCAGAUAUGCCAAUAGAACGAGCCUAUAUGCAAUCGAGCUGAUCAACGAACCAUUAGCUCCCGGAGUCACUCUAGAUACCCUCAAGAAGUACUACAGAGUUGGCUACAAUACAGUUAGGAAGUACUCCAACGUGCACGUCAUCAUGUCGAAUCGCUUAUCGAUCGGUGAUCCCAAAGAGCUCAUCCAAUUUGCAAGCGGCUUCUCCGGCUCGGUCGUCGACGUCCAUUACUACAAUGUCUUCUCAAGCAUCUUUGAAGGCAUGUCGGUGCAACAAAAUAUCGACUAUAUAUAUAACAAUCGUGCUCCUGCUCUCAGUUCUCUCAUGAUUUCAAAUGGCCCUCUCAUCUUUGUUGGUGAAUGGGUGGAUGAUAUGGAUGUCCAGGAUGCUUCAAAGAAUGAUUAUCAACGGUUUGGAUCGGCCCAGCUUGAUGUGUAUGGGAGGGCGACCUUUGGGUGGUCAUACUGGACUCUCAAAGCUGACCAAAACCAGUGGAGUUUGGAAUGGAUGAUUAAAAAUGGAUACAUAAAAAUAUAACCAUUUUCACUUUGCCGCCUAAUGAUUUCAGUAUUUGCAUCGAUAGUUCCCAAUUCCUACA